CGCUGAUUGGCGGCGGCGCGAGGGGGCGGGGCCAAGGCUUCGCCGGUGCCCGGCGCGGUUCUGUCCCCGUCCCUGUCCCUGUCCCUGUCCCGGUCCCGGUUCCGGUCCCGCCCUGGUUCCGGUCCCGCACGGCAGCGGCCCGGGAUGGCGGCAGCGGCGGGCGGCACCGCGGGGGAGCGGCGGAUCAUGUGCGUGGGGCUGGUGUGCCUGGACAUCAUCAGCGUCGUGGAGGCUUUCCCGGCCGAGGACUCCGACACCAGGUGCCUGUCUCAGCGCUGGCAGCGCGGCGGGAACGCCUCCAACUCCUGCACGGUGCUGUCGCUGCUCGGAGCCCCCUGCGCCUUCAUGGGCUCGCUGGCCCCCGGGCCCGCCGCUGACUUCAUCGCGGCGGAUUUCCAGCGCCGGGGGGUGGACACGGCGCACGUGGCCUGGCAGCCCCGCGGAGAGGUGCCCUGCGCCUGCUGCCUCGUCAACGCCGCCAGCGGCUCCCGCACCAUCGUCCUGCACGACACGAACCUGCCCGACGUGACGGCCCUCGACUUCGAGCAGGUCGACCUCUCCCAGUACAGGUGGAUCCACUUCGAGGCCCGGAACGCGGCUGAGCAGGGCGCGAUGCUGGAGCGGGUGGAGCGGCACAACCGGGCGGCGGCGCCGGGGCGGCGGGUCCGGAUCUCGGUGGAGCUGGAGAAGCCGCGGGAGGAGUUGCUGCCGCUGAUGGGGCGGGGACACGUGGUGCGGGGCCGGGGCGAUGGGCGGGAUCGCCUGUCCCGAUCGCCUGUCCGAUCACCUGUCCCCAUCCCCUGUCCCUAUCGCCUGUCCAAUCACCUGUCCCCAUCGCCUGUCCCAAUCCCCUGUCCCCAUCGCCUGUCCCAGUCACCUGUCCCCAUCGCCUGUCCCGAUCCCCUGUCCCAAUCCCCUGUCCCGAUCACCUGUCCCGAUCCUCUGUCCCGAUCCCCUGUCCCCAUCCCCUGUCCCUAUGGCCUGUCCCCAUCGCCUGUCCCGAUCCCCUGUCCCAAUCCCCUGUCUCGAUCACCUGUCCCGAUCCUCUGUCCCGAUCCCCUGUCCCCAUCCCCUGUCCCUAUGGCCUGUCCCCAUCGCCUGUCCCGAUCCCCUGUCCCUAUGGCCUGUCCCCAUCACCUGUCCCGAUCCCCUGUCCCUAUGGCCUGUCCCCAUCCCUGUCCCCAUCGCCUGUCCCGAUCCCCUGUCCCCAUCGUCUGUCCCCAUCCCUGUCCCGAUCCCCUGUCCCCAUCACGGGUCCCGAUCCCCUGUCCCCAUCCCCUGUCCCGAUCCCCUGUCCCCAUCGCCUGUCCCAGUCACCUGUCCCCAUCGCCUGUCCCGAUCCCCUGUCCCAAUCCUCUGUCCCCAUCCCCUGUCCCUAUGGCCUGUCCCCAUUGCCUGUCCCGAUCACCUGUCCCCAUCCCCUGUCCCCAUCCCCUGUCCCUAUGGCCUAUCCCCAUCCCUGUCCCCAUCCCCUGUCCCCAUCCCUGUCCCGAUCCCCUGUCCCCAUCACGUGUCCCGAUCGCCAGUCCUGGCCGGGGCCAAAGGCGUGGCGGGAGCGAGGUCGGGACAGGAGCGGUCAGAUCGGCGGGAGUUGGGAGUCCUGGUCCGGGGGAGUCAGGCUCGGGGGGUGCAGGGGUGUGGGGUUUGGGUCUAGGCGUUCAGGCGGGGUCGGGGGACGGCGCCAGGGCACAGAUCUAAUCGGACCUGGCUGGGGGUGCCGGGGGCUGCCCCGCCCCAGCCCCUCUCCCACAGGUGUUCAUCAGCAAGGACCUGGCCCGGCACUUCGGGUACCAAUCGGCCCCCGAGGCGCUGCGGGGGCUGCGGGGGCACAUCCAGCCAGGGUAGGGGUGUACCCGAGAGGGGCCGGGGGCACACGGUGCGCCCCAGACCCACCUCACACUCCCCCAGGGCCACGCUGAUCUGCGCCUGGGCUGAGGAGGGGGCUGAUGCUUUGGGGCCCGACGGGGAGCUGGUGCACUCGGACGCCUUCCCCCCAGAGACCCUCGUGGACACGCUGGGGGCGGGGGACACCUUCAAUGCUGCUGUCAU